UAAUCAUUAGGGAUAAUAAAAAGUGAUGUCAACCAGAGUUACAAAACCCUUUUCCAUGGAGUUAGGGCCCAGAAGAGAAACCGCUUGGAUCCCAACGGCAGACAUGGCCAAGGAAAAGAGCAGACCGACGUGGAGCAGGCAAAUAGAGUUCACUCUGGCGGGCGUCGGCUCCGCCGUGGGGCUGGGCAACAUUUGGAGAUUCCCUUACCUCUGCUUCAGGAGUGGAGGAGGUGCAUUUCUGGUACCAUACCUUCUCAUGCUGUUUGUUUUGGGGAUCCCUCUCCUCCAUAUGGAGUUGACCGUUGGUCAAUACACCAAAAGAGGGCCUGUCCAUGCUCUUGAGCAAUUCUGCCCUCUUUUAAAAGGUGUCGGAGUAGCAUCCGUGGCCAUUUCCUUCAUCAUGUGCACGUACUAUAACGUGGUCAUUACUUGGGCCCUCUACUACCUAUUCAGCUCUUUUCAAGUGCCGCUACCCUGGCAGGGUUGCAACAACACGUGGAACACUCCAAACUGUACAGAUCACGCCACAAACAACAGCUACUCGUCGACGGCCAGCCAGGAGUUCUUCAAAUAUAAGAUGCUGCAACAAACAGCGGGAAUCGAGGAAGCCGGAGUUGUACGAUGGGACCUUAUGCUUAUUCUCAUGCUUGCUUGGAUCCUCAUCUAUCUUUGCAUCUUCAAGGGGACCAAAUCCACAGGCAAAGUGGUGUACCUCACAGCGUUGCUCCCAUAUGUCAUCCUUAUUGCCCUGCUAGUUAAUAAUGUGCAACUUCCUGGAGCAAUUGAGGGUAUAAAGUUCUUCAUAGUGCCACAAUGGGAAAGACUUCUCUCAGUGGAGGUUUGGGUGAACGCUGCAGCUCAGAUCUUUAACUCCAUCGGAAUAGGAUUUGGUUUCCUCAUAGCUAUGUCUAGCUAUAACUCUUUCAACAAUAAUAUUAUUAAGGACACGCUGACCAUAUCCAUCGUCAAUUCCCUCACCAGUAUUUUGUCAGGUUUUGUUAUAUUCUCCGCUUUCGGAUAUAUGUCGCAUCUGCAGGACAUUCCCGUGGCCCAGUUGGCUGUGGAUGGUCCAGGACUCGUUUAUGUUGUUUACCCACAAGCUUUUGCCAGUAUGCCAGUACCUCAACUAUGGGCUGUGAUGUUCUUCUGCAUGUUGCUUUUUCUUGGAAUUGACAGUGAGUUUGCUAUGGUUGAAGUGAUGGUGACCACUCUGAUGGAUCAAUCCAAUCAGCCUCUGCUGAAGUUCUUUAAGAAGAAAGAACUGUUAGUUCUUGCAGUUUGUGGAAUCGCUUGUCUUCUUGGAAUUCCUAAUGUGACGCAGGCAGGGAUUUAUGUUUUCCAGUUGAUGGAUCAUUACACUGCCAUUGUGUCCAUCAUGUUCCUUGCAUUCUUUGAGGUCCUAGGCAUUUGUUGGUUUUAUGGUGUGAAACGAUUAUCUGACAACCUGGAAGAGAUGACUGGGAAAAGGCCCAACCUCUUCUUCAGACUGUGUUGGCAAAUCAUUGCUCCUUUUCUCGUCACUGUUAUCCUCAUUUUUUCAAUUAUCCAGUUCAAACCGGCUCGUUAUGAAGCCUACGUCUUCCCUCCCUGGGCUCAAGGGCUCGGCUGGGUCAUCGCCAUGGCCUCCAUGAUUUGGAUUCCGCUGGGCACCAUUCACACAUUGUGGGUGCUGCCUGGAUCAUUUGUGCAGAGACUAAAGCUGUCCAUCACACCAUUCGCCCUGAAUGACAAAUCCAAAAUACCGUAUUGCGAAAGCGGACGAAGUGAGAGCUGCCCAAACAUGGCCGUCAUCAGCACCGACGCCAUCAGUACGGACUACAAACUGCCAGAUGAGACCAAUUAAAGAGAUUUAUUUGCAGUUUUUCUAAUUGAGCAAAUCAGUGUCAGUUAUUAUCGACCUAUAAUGGUACACGGGGGUGUGAAUGUAAAUAUUUCUACUGUUCUGUAUUUGUAUUUAAGUAUUAGAUGCAUAGUAUUUCAAACCACAGUUGACUUCCAUGAGCAUAAACUUUUAUAAAUAAAGCGCCAGAGAUACAUUCA